UGCGCUUAGGCGCUGAGGGGCUGGGCCCACCUCACCGAUCAGCUCUGUGCUGUUCUGAGCCCCUCUCGGAAGUGUGUGUGAGGGGCUGCAGCUCUCAUGGCAUCAGGUGGUGUUGGCAGCGCAGCCUGCUGCAGAACGGCGGUGCGGAAGGGCCUGGCUGCUCCGUGCAGGCUGCCAGCAGUGAUGGUUGUGUCUCUUGCAGGCUCCAGCGUUAUGUUUUACUUGGCAGCUGCAGUGUCUGAUUUCUACAUCCCUGCCUCGGAGAUGUCUGAGCACAAGAUCCAGUCCUCAGAGGGAGCCCUGCAGAUUACUAUGAAGAUGGUGCCAAAAAUGCUGUCUCCUCUCGUCAAAGAAUGGGCUCCGGAGGCUUUUGUUAUUUCCUUUAAAUUGGAAACAGAUCCCUUGAUCUUGAUCGAUAAAUCACGCCAGGCUCUGGAGAAAUAUCGUCACCAGGUGGUGGUGGCAAAUAUCCUGGAGUCACGAAGAACCUCUGUUAUUAUUGUAACCAAAGACUCACAGACUCCAUUGACUCUUUCUGAGGAGGAAAUAGCGCAAGGCAUGGAAAUAGAAGAAAAAAUAGUGAGCUAUCUUCAGGGCCAACAUACCUUAUUUAUGGAAAAGAAAAUCUGAUGAGCAGCUCUGGAUGAAGCAAAUGAAAUUGUACUAGAGAGGACAGAAUUGGAGCAACUCGUUGUCCCAUGUGAAUGGAAUAAUGAUCAGAGCAACCCUACGGAGAAGGCUGCCGUCCAAAACUCUGCACUUUUCUACUGCUUGGUAAUAGUUGCUAUAGCUUGCUUUAAAAAAAACAAAACAGUAAAGUGCACUGAAGUGAAAGCAUUCCAAAGGAUGGUAUUUUGUCUAGUCUGUAAAGAAGGAAAGGUUAUAUUGUAUUUCUGUCCCAUGCCCUGGGAGAGGGAGAAAUGGUACAUAUAAAAUGUUUUCUCAAA